UCAUGGAGUACGAAGAUGUAUUGCGACAGUACCUCGGUGAGUUCGGCAGGUACCAGAAACUGGCAGCUCUGCUUAUCGUCCUGGUCGGUCCGUCUGUCGGGGCAACCAUGUUCGCCCAGGCUUUCCUAGCGGCCACACCGGCGCAUCACUGCCGCCUCUACCAGAACGACUCCUCGGCGAUGUACGGCCACCCUUCCGAGAGGCUCAACUUGAGCGUUCCCAUGGAAAACGUGGACGGCACGUGGAGGUACAGCUCUUGUCUGAUGUACAAUAGAACAUCCGCGGGGAGUAACCAAACAGUGAGAUGUAGCGACGGUUGGGAGUACGACCAGAGCGUGUAUCGCAGCACUGUAGUUACAGACGUAAGUACGAUGGUAUCUCACGAUUACUAAAGAAUGAGGCUUAGCGAGGCAAAGAUAUAGAAACGCGAUAGCUUGGUAUUGGUUAGGUCACAAGCGUGCCUACGAAGUG